AUGGCACGACAGGAAUGUUCACAAAUAGAAGCAGAGCUAUAUUACCUCAUUGCUAGAUUCCUGCAGUCCGGACCAUGUCAGAAAUCAGCACAGAUUCUGGUUGAGGAGCUGGAGGAGUAUGAGUUGAUUCCAGAGCGAUGGAGUUGGGACGGGAAGAAAAGCAAGCGCAACUUUGAAGACUGGGUUUUUUUAAACCAGCACAUUCCUGAUGAUUAUUUGCUUCGUAUCUGCAAACGGAUCGGCCCUCUCAUUGAGAAAGAGAUUCCACCUAGUGUUCCAGGUGUCCAAACUCUCCUUGGCCUUGGAAAACAGUCCCUGCUUCGCACCACAAAAAGUUGUACCAACAAAGUUUGCAGUGGUUCUGCAGUUGCUUCUCUUCAUCGGGGCAGGCCACCUGAACCUCCUGUGAGCAAUGGACCUGCUCCUAAUGUUGUUUCAAUUUUGGGGGCUCGUCAGGCUACCGGAGUUGCUCGAUUUGGUCAGGUCUUUCCAUCUUCAACAUAUCAACACAUGAAGAUUCACAAGCGCAUUCUAGGGCACCUCUCAUCUGUCUACUGCAUAGCCUUUGAUCGGACUGGUCAUCGGAUAUUCACCGGAUCAGAUGACUGUCUCGUUAAAAUUUGGUCCACCGAUGAUGGUCGUCUGCUGGCAACACUUCGAGGCCACUCUGCAGAGAUCUGUGACAUGACGGUCAACUAUGAAAAUACCCUUCUGGCCUCAGCCAGCUGCGAUAAAGUCAUAAGAGUGUGGUGUCUCCAGACGUGUGCCCCCAUAUCUAUUCUGCAGGCUCAUCAGGCUUCCAUCACUGCUAUACAGUUCUGUCCUGCAGUCAAAGGACAAAUGAGGUACCUUGCCUCUACAGGUGCAGAUGGCAUGGUAUGCUUUUGGAAGUGGCACUCGGAGACAUUAAAAUUCAAUGAUCAACCAACCAAAUUUGAGCGUUCCCGUCCAGGAGUGCAGGUUUCCACAUCCUCUUUUAGUGGUGGUGGUAUGUUUAUGGCGACUGGUGGCACAGAUCAUAUGAUAAGAAUCUACUACCUUGGAGCAGAAACUCCCACAAAAGUGUUUGAAAUUGAUGGCCAUACAGACAAAGUUGUCGUUGUGCAAUUCAGCAAUAACAGUGACAGUCUCAGGUUUGUAAGUGGCAGUCGUGAUGGCACUGCCAGAAUCUGGCAAUUCCAGCAACUGGAGUGGAAGAGCAUCAUUUUGGACAUGACCACUAAGCUUCCAGGGAGUUGUGCAUCUAAUGGAGAGGAAAAAGUGAAGCUUGUUGUGACAAUGGUGGCCUGGGACAGAGCAGAUCAUACAGUCAUCACUGCUGUGUCAAACUGCCUUCUCAAAGUGUGGAACUCAACUACUGGACAACUGCUGCACAACCUGUCUGGUCAUGACGAUGAGGUAUAUGUUCUUGAAUCACAUCCCUCUGACCCCCGCAUCCUCCUCUCCGCUGGUCAUGAUGGAAACAUUUACAUGUGGGACCUUACAAAAGGAGUCAAAAUUCGCAACUUUUUCAACAUGAUUGAAGGCCAAGGACAUGGUGCUAUUUAUGACUGCAAGUUCUCCACUGAUGGGCAACAUUUUGCUGGUACUGACUCGCACGGACAUUUGCUCGUCUUUGGCUUUGGCUGCAGCCAGGCCUAUGAAAGGAUCCCAGACCAGAUGUUCUUCCACACAGACUACAGACCUCUAAUACGGGACUCCAAUAACUAUGUUGUGGAUGAGCAGACUCAGCAGGCCCCACACCUCAUGCCUCCUCCGUUCUUGGUCGAUGUCGAUGGAAAUCCUCACCCUCCUCGUUACCAACGCCUUGUGCCAGGAAGGGAAAACUGCAAAGAUGACCAGCUGGUGCCUCAAAUUGGCUAUGUUGCAAAUGGUGAUGGGGAAUUAGUUGAGCAAAUUAUUGGCCAACAAACAGAAAAUGAUGAAAGCAUCUUGGACGGUCUCAUACGCCAGCUACAAAAUGAACAAGAUGAGCGUCAAAAUGCACCACUUCCAGCAGAUUUUGACCAGGGGGGAGAGGAUGGCGUGGAUCCGCCGCUCUCGGCAGAGCUCCACAGAAGUGGAAUUGUUGGAGGGGUGUGGCAAAUGCAACACAAUAAUCUUCGCAGCCAAGUUGCCACUGAGAGGGACCUGCUGGCCUGGAGUCGCAGAGUGGUGGUUAAUGAAGUGCCACCGGCAAUGUAUAGAAUACUGGAGGAGUGCAGAAAAGCCAAAGGGGACAUGGAGUGUGUUCUGUACAGUGCAGAACGCCGAAAAAAACCUGUGUCUUUACAGUCCCAGACUGAGCCCCUGGGAUCUCAGCGCUCCCUUCGACCAUCAAAGAAAAAGAAGCAAAAACAUGCAUAUCAGACGCGCUCCACAGAAGUGACCCGUGUGCGGAGCAGACGAAGGUCUGGCUCUCGCCGUAAUUCUGAGAGCCAGCAUGAAUUGGACAGUGAGGGAGAGGCGACUGAACAGGGAGCUGCUACUGCUGCGUCUUCAGAUGAAGAUCGAUGGCAAAGUGAGAGUAGCUCAAGUGAUUCGUCCAGUGAAUAUUCAGACUGGACUGCUGAUGCUGGCAUCAACCUCCAGCCACCAAAACGUUCUUCCAGGAGGCCUGCGGCCCCUGCGGCUUACAGCAGCUCUGAUGAGGAUGGAGAGGAGGAGAACAAAAUGGAGACUAAAAAGGAAAGUCAAGAUCAGAAGAAACCCAAACAAACCAAGCAGAAGCCAACUUCCGCUCAAGGUCUAAAUGCAGAGGAGUGGCUUCCACCAUCUUGGAUAAUGGAAACCAUCCCAAGGCGAUCUCCCUUUGUUCCACAGAUGGGGGAUGAGCUGAUUUACUUCAAGCAGGGCCAUCAGGCCUAUGUUAGGGCCGUACGCAGAGCAAAGACCUACAGCAUUAACCCGCAGAAACAGCCGUGGAACAGACUUAACCUCAGGGAUCAAGAGUCAGUAAAGGUGGUAGGGAUUAAAUAUGAAGUUGGACCGCCCACUCUUUGCUGCCUAAAACUGGCCUUCUUGGAUCCGGUCUCGGGAAAAAUGACAAAUGACUCCUUCUCUUUAAAAUACCAUGACAUGCCAGACGUGAUUGACUUUCUGGUCCUUAAACAGUUUUACAAUCAGGCUCGAGAGCAUAACUGGCAGCCAGGUAUGCGAUUCCGCAGCAUUAUUGAUGAUGCUUGGUGGUUUGGCACUAUUGAGGACCAGGAGCCUUUGCAGUUGGAGUAUCCAGACAGCCUCUUUCAGUGCUUUGCAGUGAAAUGGGAUAACGGCGAGUGUGAGAAGAUGAGUCCAUGGGAUAUGGAGCCGAUACCUGAGGAAGCUGCACUGCCGGAGCAGGUUGGCGAUGGCAUGUCAGUGGCUGAAGAAGAGUUGACCGCUCUGCUUUACGAACCUCAGGAAGGAGAGUGGGGCGCAUACACACGAGACGAAGAGUGUGAACGGGUUCUACAAGGCAUUUCUGACCUCCUGACAAUGGAUGUUGCAAAGGCCUUCGCUUCACCUGUGAAUCUACAGGACUAUCCUCUCUAUUGCACUGUGGUGGCUUACCUAACUGACCUCAGCACCAUCCGCAAAAGACUCGAAAAUCGAUUUUACAGGCGAAUUUCUGCCUUGAUGUGGGAGGUGCGGUACAUUGAACAUAAUGCACGCACGUUUAAUGAGCCUCAGAGCCCCAUAGUCGCAGCAGCAAAAAUAGUGACGGAUGUGCUUCUAAAUUACAUCGGAGACCAGAGCUGCAACGACAUCCUCGAUCUUUAUCACAAAAUAAAGUUUGAGCUCAGCAGUGGUGAUGAAGGAGAGGUGGAUGUAGACAUAGACUCUGAUACCCCAGGGACAUCUACAGGGCGACGGAACAAGAAAAAGGCCCGCGGCGUGAAACUAGACCCCAAAGCCUGGAGAGCACAGUGUCGAGAGUUGCUUUGUCGAAUGGUGGUGUCUCCAGAUUCAGAACCUUUCAGACAGCCGGUGGAUCUUUUUGAGUAUCCAGACUAUCGGGACAUAAUUGACACUCCCAUGGACCUGGGCACUGUGUCUGAGACUCUGCUGGCAGGAAAUUAUGAAAACCCAAUGGAAUUUGCUAAAGACAUUCGCCUUAUUUUCAUCAACUCAAGAGCAUACACCCCAAACAAGAAGUCGAAGAUUUUCAGCAUGACUCUCAGUUUAUCAGCCUUCUUUGAGACAAACAUAAUUUCCAUCAUCUCGGACCAUAAGUCUGCCAUUCAGAAUGAGCGACGAACGCGUCAGCGGCAGAGUUACAGAGACCGACUGCAAAAUGGUGCCGUCUCCCCUUCCAGCCGCUCUCCAAGUCCUAAAGAGAAACACAAAUCAAGUAAAGGGUCCAAACCAAAGAAAUCCCAAUCCUCAACCAAAAGGUCCCGGCAAAGAUCACAACAAGCUCUUCACAGUGUAGCAGAAGUGGACAGUAAACGGUCUUCCUCAAGUUCAGAAACCAACAGCAGAAGCAGAAGCCAAGACUCUCGUGAAACACUCCGCAAAGUCCAGCACAGAUCAGAGCACCAGCACAGGCGCGAACCGAGACUGACAGAGCAGCAAGAUCGACAGUCAGAGGAAGCAGCCUCUGGUUCCAACAGCUCCUCAUCAGACUCUUCUUCCUCAUCUUCCACCUCCUCCUCCUCGUCUUCAGAAAGCUCAGACUCUGAGAGGGAGAAGUUUGUUGAAGGCGGCGAUCAUGACUACAGCAAGGCCUCCUGCCGGGCAGCGCGGCCCUCCGGCAAAGGCAAGGAGGUGAUUUCGGGCAAACGCAGACACAGCGAGGAAGAGGAGUCGAGUCAGAGGCCAAAACGAGUCAGAGUUCAACUACAGGUGGAGGAGGAAGAUGAAGAUGAAGAGGAGGAGGAAGAGGAAAUUGUUUUGCAACCUAUAGUAGUAAGUCACCCUGACGAUGAGGAAGAAGAGCCAGAGGAGGAGGAGGAGGAGGAGGAAGAGGAGCAGGAGGAGCAGGAGGAGAACAAUGAGAUUGAAGAGUACGAUGAAGAGGAAGAUGAAGAUGACAACUCUGAGGCAGAAGCAAACAGCACCAGGGUCAACAAGCUGAAGGGUCAGAGAGUGAGCACAAGAAACCAGGGCCGCAGGACGGUGAUGUACCAGGACGGAGACUCUGAGGACGAGUCCAAACAGGACCCUCUGAACCUGGGCCGCUCUCGCUCAGGGCGGGUGCGGCGCAUGACGGAAAAGGCCCGCGUCAGCCACCUCAUGGGCUGGGGGGGGCACUGA